UCCAGGAAAACUGAAGUACGUACUCGACACACAUCUCGGUAUCAUUCCUAACAUCAAUAUGGACUAGCUAUAUAUGUGAGCCGGGCGUUUUCAUUUAGUUUGCUUACUUAGCUCGUGCGAGCAAACUUAAUAUUAGCAUAGGCUACUGCAGAUAUGUUAUUUUUACUCUUAAGGUAACAUACUUAGAGGAUAGCUAGUUCAUCCGUGUAGCUAACUUAAGGUCAUACCUGAUUUAAUUACGUUAGCAAGCUGUCAUAAUAUGGCAAGCAGUGUUAUUGAUCAUUGUGCUUCAGUAGAACUGAAUAACGUUACUUAAACUAGUUGAUGCUGUAUGCUAGCUAGCGCCUUUGCCCCUUUUGAUGAACCUCUAUCAUCGUGAUUGAUAAAGCAUGUUUUGCUUCCGAUAGUGAAGGUACCGACAGACGCUCGAUUAGUACAGAUGUAAAUAAGACGAAAUGUCUUCGUUAGCGAAGUCAAGAUACUUGUCGAAGGAAGGCCUAGGCUUAGUUCACUUUUCUACAGUUAGCUCGCUAACUUAACUUAAUGUAUAUUUCAGAAGGGAGCGAUUUUGUAAUGCCAAGGAUCAUGGCGUUUCCCCAGUUUUUAUCGACGGUCAGGUAAUUUUAUUUGGGACGUCAGAUAAAUUGUAUUAGAAGAAGAUAAUGGAGACUGGAAUCCAAAACCAUACAGAAGUAUUCGCACACGAAGCUUCCAAACGCGGAGUUGUGUGUCUAUGUCCAGAAAUGCUGGAGGUAGCAGAGGAGGCUUGCAGGGCAGGAGUUUACGACUUCACUGGAGAGAUAUAUGCUUCUCAGCUCGCAGAUUUCCCUCAGCUGGAUCGGGGACUCUGUUUGCGCAAAGCGGACGCGCUUGCUAGAUGCGGACGCAUUGCCGAAGCUCUAGACUUUUAUUGUGUCGCUGCAAAGCGGAACAGACUCUGGCCAGAUGAACUUGGACACCUAGUCGAAAGUAUUGCGCGCAGUCUACGUGAAAAAGAAUUGGUUGUAGGGGGAGAGUUUAUUUACAAAAAAAGCGUAAAGUCAAACAGUUUUCAGGAGAGAGGGGCCAAUACAAAUUGCAAAUCGAGCGGUGGUGGGGGCAUUGAGGGUUUUGGAGAUGUGCUUGAGGACAAGCAGUCCUUAGACCUGUUUUCAUGUUGCCUUUGCAAGUACUUACUGUCAGAACCCGCUACUUUACAGUGCGGACAUACAUUCUGCAAACGAUGCUUAGAGGAUGACAGCGUUACCGAAUGCACAAUCUGCAAGUUUAAAUUGCGAAGAAAGAACGGACAGUCGCAUAGCAUAUGGCUUACAGUAAAUGUGAUCCUCUGCAGUUUGUUAGACAAAUGGUUCGAUUCCGAAAGUAAAGCAAGGCGAUCCUGGCAAGAGGGACAACACUUGUGGAAGAAGGGGGACCUCUCCAACGCCUUGGAGAAGUAUGACAAAGCAGUGGAACUAGUUCCCUCUGACUGCAGCCUGAUUGGCCAGCGUGCUGAGCUCCACAUCGAAAUGAAGAACUUCACUCAGGCCAUUCAAGAUGGGGACAGCAUGUGCCGACUCAGACCCCUGUGGCCCAAGGCCCACUGCACGAAGGCUGCAGCCCUGACGGCUGCUGGUCUGAAAGAAGAAGCCCUGCAGGAAUACCUCCUCUGUGUGGCCCUGUGGCCUGAGUGGAGCUCCGCCAAGCUGGAGGCCCAGAAGAUCCUGAGUGAGAUGUUCUCCUUGGUGUUUGAGAGAGAUGGUCUGCUCACUCCACUGCGACCUCACCAGGCUCCUCCCCUUUCUCUCCCCCUCAAGUCUUCCUUCCUUCUGGGCUCCCUCUGCCCAACUACUCAUAGCCACAGCCUGGAGGCUGGUUCCUCCCAGAGUCAGGGGUCAGGGGUCGCCCAAUGUGAUGGUAUCAGUAGCCCAGGUGGGCUGGAUCUCCUGAAGUCCCAGUCAGCUCUGAGUAUACUACAGUCCUCCUUCAAGGACACCCAGACCCUAACCUCCAUCCUCUCUGGGCUGCCUGCUCCCCCAAGCCUGAAGAGGAAAUGUCCCAGUGACCCCCUGGGCUGCACUCACCCCCCCACCAAAGUACUUAAACCAGGUGUUUCCUGCGUUCCUGUGCAGUCUGGGGUCCGGGAGGUGCCCCCCCAGUCGAUUGACAGCGCUGAUAUGGAGUGUCCCCUCUGUAUGAGGCUGUUCUAUGAACCAGUGGCCACGCCCUGUGGACACACCUUCUGUCUUAAGUGCCUGGAGCGAUGCCUCGACCACAACCCCAGCUGCCCCCUGUGCAAGCAGAGUCUGUCUGAGUAUCUGGCCACGAGGGGAUAUCAGAAGACAGUAUUGCUGGAGGAGAUUCUGCAGCGCUUCCUUUCUGAAGAGCUCAAUGAGAGGAAGAGGGUCCAUGAGGAUGAGCUGAAAGAGCUGAAAGACCUCAACCAGGAGGUGCCCAUCUUCGUCUGCACGAUGGCGUUUCCCACAAUCCCCUGCCCGCUGCACGUGUACGAGCCGCGGUACCGGCUCAUGAUCCGCAGGUCCAUGGAGACGGGCACCAGGCGCUUUGGGAUGUGCAUCGCUGAUGAGCUCAACCAGGGGUUUGCGGAUUUUGGCUGUAUGCUGGAGGUCCGGGAUGUGAAGCUCUUCCCAGACGGCCGGUCGGUGGUGGACACCGUCGGAGUGUCGCGCUUCCGAGUGCUGAGCCACGGACUGAGGGAUGGGUACCACACGGCCAAGAUCCAGCACCUGGAGGACCACAAGGUGGAGGGGGAGCAGCUAACGGAGCUGGUGAAGCUACAGGACUCUGUGUACGAGCAGGCAGCAGCCUGGUUCUCCUCCCUCAAAGAGAACCUCAAGACCCAGAUCCUCAGCCAUUUUGGAAACCUGCCAGCCAAAGACCCCGAUCCACAGGGCAGUCCCGAUGGGCCGGCGUGGGCCUGGUGGCUCGUGGCCGUGCUCCCCCUGGAGAGCCGCGCCCAGCUCACCAUCCUGUCCAUGACCUCCCUGAAGGACCGCCUCCACGCCGUCCGCCGCGUCCUCCUCUUCGUGUCCCGCAAGCGACUGCGGUGACGUCCUCUCUCCAGGGGGCGAACCGAACUGCCGCCCUGCCUGAUCUCAGCAGCCGCUUGCAGAAGCGGACGUGACUGAUGCUGAUGCCGGGUUUACUCACGCAGAGUGCCCGAUGGUCGUUGGGCCAUGAGGAGCCUCUGACCGGGCUUGCUGCUGAGGUGCUGUGGUGUUUACACAUCACUACUGCGGUCCUGGAAGCAGCCCUGGCACACACAGCCUUCCCCAGGUGAUAUUUUACAGCCUGGAGGGUCUGGGCCCAGCUCUGCAGAGAACAUUACUGCACUCUGUACAUGUUCACACUGUUCAUGGUCACACUCAUCACUUGGAGGCAGCCCGUAGCCUAGUGGCUAAGUUGCUUGACUGGGACCCAGAAGUUUGGUGGUUCAAGUCCCAGUAACUGAGUCAAAUUGAAGGCACAAAAAUGACAUACAAGACUCCUAAAAGUGAACUUAAACUUGAAGAAUCGGUGUAACUGCACAGGGGUUCAUACGUUUCUGAAAAAAGGACCUAAAGUGGAACGUAAAUCAUCGCUCAUCUGGUGUUCACUGGCCCCCGACUGGGCCACUUCAUUCUGCGGUUCAUAUCGUCGGGGCCGGUGUUUGAACUUUCACCAGUAACCGUAGAAUAAAAAGUUGGGUAAAAUAUGUCAACGCAUUAUUAUGUACCCUCUGCAGAUAUUUGCACAAAGUUACAUCAACUGCAAUAAGAUGACUGAAAUGUAAUGACUAAAUACGGAAACAUUCCGAAUCACUCGACUGUUUGAGGAGCUACACAUCCUUGGCAUCCAUUUUAAAGAUGUGAUUUGAAACCAAUGGAAGGAUUUCCUUGUCUGAUGCUGUGUUUUGAUUGGUUUCAGUCAGUGUGUUAUUGGCUGUUCCUGUUAGACCCAGUGGUUUCCUGAGGUGUUUGCCUGUCAUUUUGAUUUGAGAUGGUGCUCCACCAAACUCGUAAACUUGACUGAGUAGUUCAGUGGCUGUCAGUUUAGUGACACAAUGUGUCCACCGCUGCUCAUCCCCACAUACUGCCCGUCAAACUGCUGCUGAGUUUGGUGAGAUACUCUGAAUCUCUUGAGCCGUCUCUGUAGGAACAGAAAGUACACAGGUACAGUGCCUGGUUGGAUUGGCUGUUUAUCUCUCCAGUUUAAGAGCAAAAAACUCUGUCAUUAAUAUUUCUGUCAUUAUGUCAUCCUCAUAAAAUGCUUUCUUUAUAAGCUAACCUGGGGGAGUAACAUCCCUGUCCUGAUGUUCCUACAGAUACUCAACAUCAAAAGGUUGCCUCAUUUGAAUUAUUUUCAAAGAGGUCAGGUAUUUGUGGAAAGUACAUGUAAUCUCAAAUCGGUGAUUCUCAUUGGAAGGUCAUUCUUUCACAGAUCACUGUAAAGAAAUGAAGUGAGUAGCAUGCUGAAAGAAAGUGGUGAUUGUCAUUUCUCUACUUUUCUGCUUGGUAGGAUGUCUAUCACUUAAACAUUUUUGUUUUUACAAAAAAUGUUGAUAUAGUGGAGUUUGCACAUUUCUGUCAGAGUCGUUUAUGGUUUCAGCUUUAGUAAAAAGCUUUAGCUACCCAUGCAGUGUGUUUAUUUGGUUUAGCUUGCUUAAGUGAACAGAUAAAGCUGUUUUGCGUGCUUGUAGGUCAUUCUACAAACUGAGCUGAUUCCCCCACUCUCUAUGACAUUAAGCUUUUUUCAUUUUCUGUUGGGUCAUCACACAA